AUGGACUAUGAUCCCGAUUACAAGCCGGACCUUGUUGGUCUGACGCUGCAACAGGAGCUUUCCGACACCCGAUAUGCUUGCAAUGGCCUCAACAGAAUCCAGGGCACACGAGAUGGAAACUAUGUCUACCGUGGAACGUUGAGAUCGCCAUUGGAUCCAAGGGACGGAAAGUUGCCUGAGCGAACCAUAAUCAUCAAAUACUCCGACGAGGGGCCCCAGAUUCCCCCAGCUCGUUAUGAAUUCGAAUUACUUCUUGGAAAUACACUAGCGACGAAAUUCAAACCCUCAAGAGGCGAGAUAACCACCGCCGCCUCGCCGCACAUCUACCACUCCGAUUUCGAAAAGGGCUACCAGAUCUCGCAGGACGUUGGUCUGAACCCGCCCAUCAAGUACACCAUGUUUGCCGACUACAUCUCGCCCGAUAGCCGCUUCACCAUUGGUCGACAGGUCGGCUCGUGGCUCCGCGACUUUCACACGUGGUCCUCGGCGCCCGAGCAAAAGUAUCUGCUGGAUGCGCUGCCCGCCGACGACGCAACCCGCCAAGUCAAGUGGUUCUUUACGUUUAGUCUCUUCCUGGAGGCGUUUGACGAGUUCCCCGAGCUGAUUCGCGACCACGAAGACCAGGUCGAAGCCGUGCUGGCGCCCCUCACAAAGCAGGCCUUUGGACCGUGGGACCAGCUGGGGUCGAACUGGGGUCUCAUCCACGGCGACAUCUGGCUCGGCAAUGUCCUGCCGAGCCGCACGGGUUGGCACGAAUCAGCCUCGCCCGAAGAGCCCAACGAGCUGGUCGUGAUUGACUUUGAGUUGUCGCAGUUCUGGCACCGCUCGUUUGACCUGGGCCAGGCCAUUGGCGACAUGUUUGAGAAGCACUUGUACCGCGGGUGCCAGGACAGUCUGGGCGUGAUUGAAGGGUUGAUUGAAGGUUAUGGGCCUGUCGAUGAAGACAUGGCAUACAGAACGGCCAUCUAUGUCGGCAUGCAUGUGAUUAACUGGUACAGACGGACCAAGAGUAAGUCGAUCCCGCUGGAGACGCUCAAGAAUGGGCUGAGAGCCGGGCGUGAUUUUAUCCUGGCCGUGGAGGCGAAGAACAAGGCGUACUUUUUGGAUACGCCGCUCGCGAGUAUGUUCCGGCCCUUGAUUGAGCAAUGA